UCCUCUCCGGUGUUUCCACCAGCUCUAUUUGAACAGAAGCAGACCCUGGGGAAGGGACAGCUCUAUCUUCUCAUUAUCAGAUACAGGGGAUGCUGAGCACUGGACCGAACGAAACCGGGACGUAACUUCCUGCUGUAAUGUCGUGCCGGGCAGAUUAUUGCGGUUUGGAAUGAUAUGGAGGAUUUCAGAACGUAAUAUUUUUUAUGAGAAAUGCUACAGGAGAAAGCCUCAGCUUUGGCUGAUGAAAGCAUGACCGUGGCCCAGUCCAGUGGCCGCCCUGAGCUUACCAGUGACUCCUCAAAUCUGGCCCUGCCUACAACUCCCAGCAUUCCCCAGAACAAUGAGCCUGACCAGAACAUUGAAAACAUCAAAGUGGUUCUUCAUGACAGAGAACUAUGGAAGAAGUUCCACGAGGCCGGAACGGAGAUGAUCAUAACCAAAGCAGGCAGGCGGAUGUUCCCCGGCUACAAAGUGAAGGUCACAGGGAUGAACCCCAAGACAAAAUACAUCCUUUUAAUCGACAUCGUUCCAGCUGAUGACCAUCGGUACAAGUUUUGUGACAACAAGUGGAUGGUGGCUGGAAAAGCAGAGCCUGCGAUGCCUGGAAGACUCUAUGUCCACCCAGACUCUCCAGCAACAGGAGCCCAUUGGAUGAGACAACUCGUCUCCUUUCAAAAGCUGAAGCUCACAAACAACCACCUUGAUCCCUUUGGGCACAUCAUCUUGAACUCUAUGCAUAAAUACCAGCCCAGGCUACACAUAGUGAAAGCUGAUGAGAACAAUGCCUUCGGUUCUAAAAACACAGCCUAUUGCACUCAUGUCUUCCACGAGACGUCAUUCAUUUCCGUUACAUCUUAUCAGAACCACAAGAUCACCCAGUUAAAAAUUGAGAACAAUCCUUUUGCCAAAGGUUUCCGUGGCAGCGAUGAAGGUGAUUUGCGUGUGUCCAGACUUCAAGGGAAAGAUUACCCUGUCAUUUCUAAGAACAUGGUUCGACAGCGGCUUAUUUCAUCGCAUAGCCAUCUGUCAGGAAAACUGGGUGCAGGUGUAUUGAGUAGCCACCCGCAGGUGGUAUCUCACUAUCAGUAUGACAGUGGAGUCCCUCUGCCAAACCCCGAUUCCCAGGAAUCACACUCCAACUCCUUUUCAUCCAGCCGAGAAUCAAGCCUUCUUUAUCACUGCUUUAAGCACAGAGAUAAUACAAGGCACUUGGAGCUGGGAUGCAAACGACCCUAUCUGGAACCAUCAGCCCCUGCGGUUUCCGAAGAGCACUACUUCCGCUCCCCUCCUACCUACGAGCCACCCCUGCUGUCCCAUCCAUACUGCAACGAAGCAUUGGGUUCUAGAGAAGCAUGCAUGUAUGGGGGAAUGGAGGGAGAGGCUGGCAGUACAGUGGGUACAGAUGACCUACCAGCCCCCUCCCUGAACUGCAACAUGUGGGCAUCGGUGCAGCCGUACCCUCGCUACGGCAUGCAGACUGUGGAGGCCAUGCAGUACCAACCUUUCACUGCCCACUUCAGCAGCACAGCCACUGCUGCAUCUGUGGUGCCCCACCACUCUCCGUCCAUGCAGCGGCCGCAUCCGCCACCUCCCGACCUGGUCACUUUUACUACACAGCGGGUACUGCCGCCUACACCGGCUUCAUCAUCGAAUUCCCCCUCUGGCCCCGCCUCCCGUGACAGAGCUGCACAUUCCACCCUGUUUCACAGGAAGCCAGCGUCGCCGUUGUGUUCGCAAAGGGAUUUCACAGGCUAUCCGACCCACAGCCCCAUAUCAACACGAGAACCAGCCUAUCAAUACCAAACUGGAUUGACCAGUGUUGGACCCCAUUGGACUGACAGCUAAAGAGAGACAAACCAAUUGUAUCGAUCAUAUUUCUAUUCAGUUUAGAUCAUAAUAUUCUCACUGAACGAUGCAUUAGAGAUUAUUUUUCCAUACAUCCAUGAUGCAAAAUUGUAAAUCAAAGCCAAGCCAUACAUCUAUUUAGCCUUAUAGAAUAGGAUGGCCGCAAUCUGUGGCAGUGUGUAUUUAUUUGUAACUGAGAGAGAAAUGACUAGAGUUGCAGGUGGUUAGGCAAAGCACAAUAAAAAAAAUGUGUGCCAACAGAAAGAAUGCCAACAAGCUCUGUAAGAAAUGAUUUCAGUAAAUUAUAUAAAUGAACACAGUUUUUCUAGUUAACCUUAAACCUAGUUACUCAGGCUGCCUUCUUUCUCCUGAAAAAGUAUGCAAAACCUGUGCCAAACACAAAGAUGGUUGAGUUAUUUUGCAGGCUGUUAUUAUUAAUCUGUGUUAUUUCCAUUAACAAAAGAAUCAAACAAAAAGGUAUUUUUCCAUUGUACGUGUAUAUGGUCAAUGCAAAGAGAAUUCCUAAUGUACUUAAUAUGUUUGUAAUACAUUCACAUCAAUGACGAUUUUAUGCAAUA